GACCAGACUCAGACAGGCUACCUCCUUGCCAUGGCGAGUGCCAGCGCGUUCAGUGGCCCAGAGGGAGUUGGCUUGCAGGAUACGGUGGACCCCCUGAUCGUCGAUGACCUUCCCGACGUCGGCGACGCCCUGAUUGCCGACGUGAAGCCACGCGGGGACACGUUCUCGCGCCUCGGUUCGUUCAGGCAGCAGCAGCAGAUCGACAACAACGGUGGUGGCAACAACGACGACAUCGGAGGCGUCGUUCCUAAGGCUGAGGGAGACGCGGGCGUCCAGGCUGAGGGCAAUGUCGGCGGCAACGCCGCCGCCGAGCCGAUGGGGCCUAGCGAGGAGGCGCCGACCGCCUCGGAUAUCGACCAGGCCAAGGCUUCGUUCCUCGCGAUGGGCUCCGUGUUGGCCGAGGUGAUGGCGUACACCUCGGUGGAACCACCGAGCCUGCCUACGCCCGACAUGGCUAUGCCAGUGGAUGCGCCUGUCGCGAACGAGAGUGACAACAGGGUCGGCGAUCUGUCCCUGGAAGCCCCGCUGUCCGCGGGCACGGCGUACGCCAACUUUAACAGGAUCAGAACGACGAUCAACAACUACGCGAGCAAGAUGGAGUCCCCCACUUGGUAUAAUGACAUCAUCCUCGGUACCGUCCACGCCCUCGCCAGGAGGUUGGAGAACCGCGGCGAGGCGGACAUCGUGAACAAGGCAUCUUACGACGUCCAGGCGGCAUACAAGCAGCUGCUGACGCGCGUUAAGGCUAUGAUCGAUCUGCUCAAGGGGCUCAAGCAAUGGAGCGAGGCGCAGGGUGACGAGAUGCUCGUCGGCUUGCUGCAGCCGUUCUCCACGUUGUUGGGCUACCGCAUCGUGGUCGGUGGUAAAAUGAACGAGGAGCUGGCGAUCAUCAUCAACUAUUCUGUGUUCAAGAAUCUCAUCGUGAGCCAGGAGUCGGUCUCGAAGGCGAUGGUCGUCUACCAGGCAUUUGCGCUCCGCCACAUGGUGGACAUGAGGGACAACAUCGUCGCGGCUGCGGUCAACCAGUCAGCGAACGUGGUGAAGACUGAGGGCGGCGUCGGCGGCAGCCUCGAGACCGCCGACGCCCCGCCGAAGGCUAAGAAGGCGCGCAAGGCUCGACCCAUGAGCGAGUUGGCCUCGAAGGUGGUCGCUGGCCAGACGCCUCUCUACUACUUGGCUGCGAUGGUCUCGAGCGGUGUCCGAGAUUGGCUGGGUAGCCUCACCAUGGCCUCCAUGCGCGACGACUCCUCCUACGCCACUGCCGCCAUCAACGAGUUCGGCGCGAUCCUCAAUGGGUGGCAGCAGAAGGAGAAGCUGAUCGAGACCGUCGUGGAGGACGACGCAUUCAACGAGGUGCUGAAGAGCGCCGUCGUAAUCGCCAAGUGCAUGUGCCCGAUGGAGAAGCUCAGGCCAGCCGCGACGUCCGUGCGGAAAGCCGGGCGGACCAUCGCCGAGCAGGUCAAGCAGCCCAGCAGCCCAGCGGCGGAGCUUGCGAGAACGAUGUGCGCCUACCCAGUGCCGAAGCUUAUGAUGGAAGCGAGUUUGGUUCACGUGAAUCAAAGCAUCGAGGACGAGACGGCGACGACGGCGUUCCAGGCCGCGUCGGAGUCAUUCGAGUCGCAGUUCGACCAGCUCUUCGAGUGCGCGCGUGGUUGGAUUGCAGCACAGCUGAAGGACAUCAGCAUCCGUGAAGAUGGCGGGUUCAAACGGCCCCAGUAUGCCUUCUCAGGCGUGGGCGUAUUCUUCUCUGGCGCCCAUGCGGCGCUCUCGAAGUGGACAACGGCAUGUGCGCAUGAUAACAUCAAGUUCUUCGCGGACAACAUGGCGAACAGCCGCGCGGUCCUGGAGGUCGGGAAGUGCAUGAUUGUGGAGGUCUACUGGGCCAUCGCAGGUUCGACCUCCUCGCAGACGGGGAACUUGAUUCUCCAGUUGAUAUUUCCUGAGAAGGCGGCAGGUGCCGACUCCGAAGGCCAAGGCCUGGACGCGGAGGGGCAAAAGGCGCUGAAUGAGACCAUAAUUGCUGACUUAGACGCGCGUAGGAAGGAGCUCGGGAAGAUCUUGGAUACUUUGCCCAUGUACUUCCAGUGCCUAGGCGACUAUUACGCUAGGUUCUUGAGGGUCAGGAACUUGGCCAUCCAGCGCAUGGGCGACGCCUUCAUUGACGAACUCGGCGACGCCCACAAGUCGAUGAACCCAGUCACUUACGACGGCGAGCUUCAUUCCAUUCAGGGUUCCAUCACCGACAUGACGAACUACAUGGCGCGCUGCAUCGACUUGGCGAAGAUGCGCGAUCAGGCCACGGACGCCAAUCAGCAGGACACAUACACGAAGCUAAUCAUCAAGUUCGCUGGCCUGCAGCGCGCCUUCGACGGCGAUCUCGUGGGGGGCCUCAGCGAGACAGCCGUCGAGUCCUGCGCGACCGACAUGGAGACCGUGGAGCUGGUAACGUCCAACUUCAACAACUUCAAAACCGUGGUAGGUUCGCAGCUCUACAUCACAUGCACCGACGCAUUCGUGCAACGGCGUCUGGAAGAUGUCGCUCCGACCCUAGCCUUCACCCUCGGGAACGUCAGCGAGCAGGCGAUCGCGGAAGGCCAGGAUGACGCCGCGUUCGGGAGGUUGGUCGUAGGGGUCACUUCAUUGGAGAGCCUGCUCCCAAGCGGGGUUGACUUCAAGGACGGCGGUGCCAUCGACGAGGCGGCUUUGCAGUCCUCAGUGCGCUACAAGGCUUUGUCGGACCUGGUCGAGUUCCUUGACGCGAGUGGCAUCGCGUCCUUCAGCCUUCCAGGCGUGAGUGCAAACGGGGGCCCACGACUGGCCACAGUCCCAGCCCUCGCGUACCUCAAGAUGUCGACUUACAUCAAGGACGUCGCCUCCAUCGCGGCGGUGACGCACACCAACAUGCUCGUCAAGCCGAGCAUCGAGAAGGCGACCGAUGCUACUCAGCUCUUCUUUACCAAUGUGCACGCCCAGAGCUUGUUGGCGCAGGCGCUGAUAAGGCUGGACACAGUGCUCAGUUCGAGGGGGACCCACGACCUCGAGGUGUUGGAUUGGGCCGGCCCGCUCUCGGUUCAAAGCGCGCGGCAGUGGGCGAAGUCCAUGGCUGUGGUGUCAGGGUUCUACCAGACGAAGCUGUUGAAGCUGAUGGCUGCGUGCGUCAUGGACGGCGCGGCCGAGUGCAACAAGAUAUUGCCCGACUGGAACGCCGUCAUGGACCAGACCACGGGCGCGCUCAACGAGAAGCUGGCGGCCACGCAGUUCAACAACUUGGAGAAGACCGUGGGGUCCUACAACCGCGUGCACAAGGACCUGAGCUGGCUUGCGAGGGCGGGCACGCUGUUCGACAUCUCGCCGACCGUCCAGCUGCAUGACCUCACGACGGAGAGCGUCGACGUUGCCAUGGCAACGAUGGCCGAGGGCUUUCAACGGGGGAAGGCGAGGCAGGUGAUCACCAUGACCAAAGGGAUCCAGAUGCUCGCCACCGUUCGCCAGGAGCCUGGCGGGCCCAAGCGGGCCCAGGAGUUCUUGAACCAGUACAAGACGGAGAAAAACAAGGACCUCCCGCAGGGGUUUUUGGCCGAGCUGGAGUCAGUCGCGGCCGAGGUCUCCAGCGCCGCGGAGGCGAAGUCCGUGGAGAAGAGCGGGUCCGCCGCGCCCUUGGGCGGCGGGGCCGUCCAGACUCCGCAGCCCAAGAAAGCCAAGGGCGACUCUGCGUCGACGAAGACCUCGGCGACCAAGGUCAAGCAGGAGGCCGCGGAGGGUGGCGGCACCGCGGCCGCGUCGACGUCGGCAGCUGACCCCGCCCCAGCUGCUGCUGAGCAGCAGCCCGCCCCCGUCGCCAUGCCCAAGCGCGGCGGUGGGCUGAAGCGCACCAAGCGCGAGCAGUAG